AUGGCAAAGAAAUCAGUCUCCUUUGCUCCAUACUCUGUCAUCGUGUCCGAAAGACGUGAGCGGACUGAACCCACUCCGGAGAGGGUAGCGGCCAAGGCACUGGAGCGGCUUCGUCUUCCAGCUCAGUUGAAGCAGCUGGACGUCGGCUAUCUCAUGACCGUUCAAAAGUUCAUCAAAUACGUGGGCUUCAAGUACGCACCCGGCGAACACAUAAUCCCAACCCUCAUCUUCGCCGUCGAGCUCAAGAACCACACAAUCGAACUCGUGCAAUGCGGCGCAACCAUCAGCGGAAACCCGGGAACCCUCCAAGACGCCUUCCUCCUGCACUCGAAAGUCGAGCGCGCAAAGAUCCUCGUCGACAGAGACGACUGGCGGUACAUGCAAUACCGCUUCGGCGCCACCAGGGAAACCAUGAUGCGCUUCGUCUGGCUCGACAAAAUGCGGGCGAGGCUGCAGGAGGACAAGUGCAAGAGUGUGGGCAUCAUCAUGGCGGAGCAGGAAGCCAAGGAUCGCGAGAGAUAUGAGCGGAGUGUUGUCGGGAAGGCGAGGAAGGCGUAUACGGCGACGAAGGACUUGCUCGACGAUGUUGUUGUUGAUGUUGUUGUUGAUGUUGUUGUUGAUGUUGUUGUUGUUGCUGCAGGUGUUGACGAUUAG